UUCAGGGUGUAAGAAAUGCAGGACAUGGGAAAAGGAAAUGUAUUGGAAACAUUUCAACUCCAUGCAUUUCUAUCUUACCUUACCCCCAAACUUCCAUCACUGUACUACCUCAGAAAUUUGCUGUAAACAUGAAAGAUCAGUUGCCAGAUAAAGUGCCUCUAAAAGGCCCAAGUGGUGUUUUGUGGGAUAUAGAGCUACUGAAAUCCGAUAAUGUUCUCUUUGUUGGGAAUGAAUGGAAAGAUUUUGUGAAAGUUAAUGGUCUAAAGGAAAACAACCUCUUGAUGUUCAAAUACAAGAGCAACUCGACUUUUGAGGUCUUAAUCUUUGACCAAGGGAGUUCUUGUGAGAGGGAGUCAACUUAUUUUGUUAAUAAAUGUAUGCAUCCUAAGUCUGACCUUGGAGAUAUAGAAAAGAAAACUACAAGAAAGGCUUCGAGCACUGAGGUUAUUGAGGAUGACGAUGAAGAAUAUUCCGCCUUUCUUGUAUCAAAGAAAUCAAAGAAAGAUAAUGAAGGGGUGGUUUGCUCAGGAGAAAAGGUGAAAACUCCAACUCCAUCACCAAGUGGAAAUGAUGCAGCAUAUGAAUCUAGGCCGAUUUCAAAGAGGGACUAUAUCGCCUUUCAAAAUGAAGAAAAUUUCCGGGUCAUAGAUCAUUCUCACAAAUUGAAGGCCUUAUAUGGUAGCUUUGUCAUGCAGAUUGUCUUCGACGAACUAGUUUAUCCUUUUAUGGUUAACAUGCAUUUUUGUGUACAUGAUUCUAGCAGAAAAGGGGCUUAGUAGAAAUGACACUCUUGAGGAACUAAGUCAGAUUUUAAGGAAGGAGAUGACCACCCUUGAAAACGGUGAAUGUACUCCAGUUGUAGAUUGUUCUAAUAUAUUCAAGGAUAAAGCAGAAAUGGGUCCGAGUGGAAGCAGUGGAACUUUCAAGGAACUGAAUCAGAUUUCAAGGCCUGUGGUGAUCAGACCUGAUUAUAGAGAUUGUUCCCCGGAGGGAGAUGAUCAAUGUCACAAAUCUCAUGGGAAAAUAGGCAGACCAAAGAAGCAGGCGCUUCCUAAUUCCCCAGCUUCUGCUGGAAAAACAUCCUGCAAGGAUUACAUCCCAAAUAAAAGGCCAGUUACUGAAUGGAGAAACAAGCAGCUUUUCAAAGGGCGAAUCAAAACAUGACUGAAAAUAGUUUCAUUGCAAUAAUGCGACCUAGCUGUGUUUACAAGAGAUUUUUCUUGGUAAUGAUUAUUAUUACAAAUACUAUCUUUCGAAUACAUUAAAAAACAUGAUGUACCACGAAUUCUCUUUUGCAGAAUGUUCCUGUAGAGUGGCUACACAAGCAUUCCCUUCGCCAUAACCAAGAAGUCGUUCUCCAUGUGGGGGAGAAAACAUGGCUCACUACUUAUUAUCCCUAUGACAAAGGUCAAGGGCUCGGUCCAGGGUGGAAAAAGUUUGCUCUUGAGAAUUUCUUGGCGGAGUUUGAUGUGUUGGUCUUUACACCAAUUGACAAGAAAGAUGAGGCAGCUAUGGUGAUUAAUGUUGACAUAUUCAGAGUUGACUCUACCAUUAUGCCUCUGCCACCCAUACUUUCCUAGAUUAAUAGUGCUUAUAUGGUGGUAUAGUGGAGUCUAUAAUCUUAUGGUGAAUGUUACUCUUAACAAAGGUGUUACAGAUUGGUACUCUGUAACUUUUAGUACAAGUAGCAGAGUUACUCUCAGCUAUUUAAGUCUGACUGACAAGGUGCAGUCCAUGUAUGCUGUGUUUAGAUUGUCACGGUCUGAGUCCUGUAAAAAAACCUCGUAAUGCUCUAACCAAUCGAUGUCUCUUGCCUGCAGUAGUGUUAUCUGUCAA